CGAACAUCUGCCCCUCCCCUCGCUCGAGUCGCACGCGCGGAAGUAAACACCUCGACGUCAUCAGGGCGCGUCUUCGCCUUUCCCCUCCCAUCUCCUCAGAUCGGUGGACGUGCUCACCUCCGCUCGGGGCCAGGUCUAUGUCCCGGUUUCCCGCCGUCGCGGGCAGGGCGCCAAGGCGGCAGGAGGAAGGUGAGCGCUCAAGAGACCUUCAGGAAGAGCUGCCUGCGGCUGUUACCAUCGCGGAUAGAGAAGAGAAAGGAUGCACAUCACAGGAGGGAGGAACUACUCCAACUUUUCCUAUUCAAAAACAAAGAAAAAAACUUAUUCAGGCUGUGAGGGACAAUUCAUUCCUUAUUGUUACUGGAAAUACAGGAAGUGGUAAAACAACACAACUUCCAAAGUAUCUAUAUGAAGCAGGGUUUUCACAGCAUGGCAUGAUUGGUGUGACUCAGCCACGAAAAGUAGCUGCCAUAUCUGUUGCUCAGAGGGUUGCUGAAGAAAUGAAAUGCACUUUGGGAUCCAAAGUAGGAUACCAAGUUCGUUUUGAUGAUUGCAGCUCUAAGGAAACAGCAAUCAAAUAUAUGACUGAUGGAUGUUUACUGAAACAUAUUCUGGGAGAUCCAAAUCUUACCAAGUUCAGUGUAAUUAUUUUGGAUGAAGCCCAUGAAAGAACUCUAACUACAGACAUCUUAUUUGGUUUAUUGAAGAAGCUGUUUCAGGAGAAAUCUCCUAACAGAAAGGAACAUUUAAAGGUUGUAGUGAUGUCAGCAACUAUGGAAUUGGCCAAACUCUCUGCAUUCUUUGGAAAUUGUCCAAUAUUUGAUAUACCUGGAAGGCUUUAUCCAGUCAGAGAAAAAUUCUGCAAUUUGAUUGGUCCACGAGACAGAGAAAAUACUGCAUAUAUUCAAGCGAUUGUGAAAGUGACCAUGGAUAUCCAUUUGAAUGAAAUGGCUGGAGACAUCUUGGUUUUUCUGACUGGUCAGUUUGAAAUCGAAAAAAGUUGUGAGUUACUUUUUCAGAUGGCAGAGUCUGUUGAUUAUGAUUAUGAUGUGCAAGAUACCACUCUAGAUGGCUUGUUAAUACUGCCAUGUUAUGGAUCUAUGACAACAGAUCAACAGAGGAGAAUAUUUUUACCACCUCCACCUGGAAUCAGAAAAUGUGUCAUAUCUACCAAUAUUUCUGCAACGUCUUUGACAAUAGAUGGAAUCAGAUAUGUGGUAGACGGUGGCUUUGUGAAGCAGUUAAAUCACAAUCCCAGAUUAGGACUGGACAUCCUAGAGGUGGUUCCAAUUUCAAAGAGUGAGGCGUUACAGCGAAGUGGCCGAGCUGGCAGGACUUCCUCAGGAAAAUGCUUUCGGAUCUAUAGUAAAGAUUUUUGGAACCAGUGUAUGCCUGACCAUGUGAUCCCUGAGAUUAAGAGAACUAGUUUGACAUCUGUAGUUCUGACCUUAAAGUGCCUUGCCAUACAUGAUGUUAUAAGGUUUCCCUAUUUGGAUCCACCUAAUGAGAGACUUAUUUUGGAAGCUCUUAAACAACUUUACCAGUGUGAUGCUAUUGACAGGAGUGGCCAUGUGACCAGAUUGGGUUUGUCUAUGGUAGAGUUUCCUCUCCCUCCACAUCUGACAUGUGCAGUAAUAAAGGCUGCUUCUCUGGACUGUGAAGAUCUAUUACUUCCAAUAGCAGCAAUGUUGUCUGUGGAAAAUGUCUUCAUUAGACCUGUUGAUCCAGAGUACCAGAAGGAGGCAGAACAGAGACAUCGAGAACUGGCAGCUAAAGCUGGAGGAUUUAAUGACUUUGCAACCUUAGCUGUCAUCUUUGAACAGUGCAAAUCAAGUGGAGCUCCAGCUUCAUGGUGCCAAAAACAUUGGAUUCAUUGGAGGUGCUUAUUUUCUGCAUUUCGUGUUGAAGCUCAGCUUAGAGAACUAAUCAGGAAGCUUAAACAGCAAAGUGACUUCCCAAGAGAGACCUUUGAAGGCCCUAAACAUGAAGUAUUGCGGAGAUGUCUUUGUGCAGGUUAUUUCAAAAAUGUAGCUCGAAGAUCUGUUGGGAGAACAUUUUGCACAAUGGAUGGGCGUGGAAGCCCAGUUCACAUUCAUCCUUCCUCAGCACUUCAUGAACAGGAAACCAAACUUGAGUGGAUCAUUUUUCAUGAGGUAUUAGUUACCACCAAAGUCUACGCAAGAAUUGUGUGUCCAAUCCGUUAUGAAUGGGUGAGAGACUUGUUACCCAAGUUGCAUGAAUUUAAUGCACAUGAUUUGAGCAGUGUGGCCCGACGUGAAGUGAGAGAAGAUGCAAGAAGGAGGUGGACAAAUAAGGAAAAUGUAAAGCAUCUGAAGGAUGGAAUAUCAAAAGAAGUCCUAAAGAAAAUGCAAAGAAGAAAUGACGAUAAAUCCAUAUCAGAUGCACGUGCUCGUUUCCUUGAGAGAAAGCAGCAGAGGUCCCAGGAUCACAGUGACACACUGAAGGAAACAGGCUAAGCAGUGAACCCUCCAAUUCAGGAAGUAGGAAAAGCAGCCAGAAAAUGUGCUUCUACUUUGCCGUUUAUGUCAGACAGCACUACCAAGAGGAAGUGGUCAGCAACUUUUCUUAGCAUACAAGUUAAAAGCAAAUCAAAGCUCAUCUGUACCAGUAAAUGGAAUUUUCGAAGAAAAGAUUGGGUUGCCAUCGUCAUAGGCAAUGAUACAUGAAACCAAUGAAAGACAAUUUAUGUGAAAUUUUCCUCACUUCAAUUUUGCUGGCCUUAACUGGUAUCAAAUGCUGUCAUUGAGAUAUUUUCAAAGAACAUUGAAUUGUAUUUAAUCAGCGUGUAUUCCAUUUGCAUCGAAGCAUUAAAAAUUAUUUUCCUUAAAUCUCUUUAAGGCCUUCUUGUUGCUAUUAGAAUAGUAUUAUAUCAGGUUUUCAGGUUAUGUGACCAUUUCCUUCCGAAGGCUGAACCUAAGAGGUUUUUACUCAGCAAUACUUAGAUGUCUAACUGUUUAAUUGCUACAGAGCUUUAUAGAUAUUUAGAGAAAAGACUUAAUCAAUUAGUAAAUAAGAAAAUUGCCUAUGGCAAGGUUCUUUGUUGAAUUAAUAUUAAUCCUUAAGUUGAUUUUUCUGGGGUUAUACAAAUUCCUUUUUAUAUAAAGUAUAUUGUUUAAAACAGUAGCUAUAGCCAUUAACCAAAGGACAGAUGAUAUAUAUAUGUUCUCUUUUGAGCUGGCCCUACAUACUUGUAUCAGCACCAUGUAUGUAGGUGGACAGUGUUUCAAACAGCCCUUCCACCUGGCCUACUCUCUUGCCUCACAGCUGCUUGGGUAGGACCGAUUAAACAUCUGUUAAUACCAAUCUUGAGAGGGAUUUUCAAAGCAGCCAACACUAUAUCAACAGUGUUUCAAAUUGGAACCUUGAGGCCAGUUAGUAUCACACUCAGGCCACACUCAGCACUUGCCCACUCUGUUGUUUACUGCCUUGUAUUCUAGGUAUUUGUGUAUUUGUCUGUCUCCCCCCCUAGAUUAUACGCUCCUUGUGGGCAGGGACUAUGUCUUUUUCAUCUUUGUAUCUUUCAUGGCAUCUAGCACAGUGCUUUGCACAUAGUAGUCACUCAAUGUUUGUUAAAUAAAACUAUUAGUGUCAUUAAAAUUCAAAAGGCAGUA